AUGGCUUACAAUGCUGUCGCUCAUGAGGCUUCCGAUUCCGGCUCCAACUCAUCGCGCAGGUCCACCCCUGCCUCUCACUAUCGCGUCAACGACACCCUUCAAGUCGUAACCGCAAAUGCCGAUCAGGGCCUCACAGGCUUGGGCGCAAUCAUUCGCUCCGUGACUUCUGCCAGCUACGAGACCGUCGAGGAUGACGAUUACGAUGCUGAACCCCCCGUACAUGAAGACAUUCCACUGCAUGUUGCUCCACUGAAUGUGCCUCCACUCAGCGUGACUCCGCUGAAUACUGCGAUCGCGCGACAUUCUCCACUAGAGACCCCCUUGCAAAGCCCUACCCCCUCGAUCCCUCUCAGUCAUCCUACCCCAGAUCUUCAAUCGAUCCAAGGCGCCUAUGUCGGAAAUGUGGAGCGACUAGAAGAAAGUGCCAUGCGACUCAGUGCAAGCUCUACCGACAUUGCUAGUGAGAUUCGCAAGAUGGAUAUGGAACAGAAGAGACGCUCGUGCAGCUCCGCUUCUAAUUCCGUUAUAAUGAGGAAUGAAGCAUUCUCGCCGGGCGCCAUGUCUUCUCCCCAUGGAUCAUCAAGUCGAUCAACGCGUCAACGUUCCGUUUCGGGUGCAUCUCGCCUCGCUCAGCUGGCCGAGCCCGAUGAUGAGGAACGUAAUCGAUGCCUAAAUGGCAUUUUUGCUUCUCCAUUCCCGCUCGCCCCUGCCAUUGCUCCACCCCCACAGCCACGAGUCUAUCCUCAACGAAACGAACGCUAUUAUCACCAAUGUGACGGUGCCGGUGAUGAAGAUGGCCAAGUGGAGGCCACGGGGGAGGAACUCCAGCGUUCAUCUUCAGCUGCUUCCGGCGAUACCUUCCAGCAAGCCCAGACUCUGUUUAACGGUUUCGAUGGUGUCCAUUUCACACCAUUGGGAAAUACCGGGCGGCAGUUCGCCCUGAACCGACCGCCCCUUGCGAGCACACCCCAGUCAUACAAGGAGCCGCAAACAGGCGAGCACAUGGUUUACUACCCUGCGCCCGUCCCACGCAUGCUUAAUCUCCCUCCCAAACUUUCACGCCACCCAAUCACUGAUCGAGAAAAGCGGCGAACACAACUCUUGACGACGAUUGCAGCUGAAGAUAGAAAAGCUGCUGAUGAAGUUUCCCAAUCUGGCAAUGACAAUGCAAACAACAUCCCGAAGAACAAGCAUCAGUCUGUCAUUUCGCCUCAUCUUCGUGCAAGCGUCUUCUUCGACCCACCAAGAACUACUCUCGAAGUUGAAGUGAAGCAACAAUCUGCCGUCGCAACACUUGAUAGCAUCUUAGACGCUUCGGCUCAUGCACCUGUCUCGGCAUUUACUGACCACCCCUUUGCUGGUCAUGCUGGCUCGCAUGUCUACGGUAGUUCAAAACGCAACACUAUACUCAAGAAAUCGUCUCGUAAUUCCCAGUUCCCAAUGGGCCAACGCCAGAGCACUGUGAAGAAGGAGGCCGAUGGCUCGGUCAGCUCCAAGAGUGACUCUAAAAGUGAGGAGGAUUCCGAUCCGUCAGAUGAGACUGGUACCGGAAGUGAAGAGCACCCAGGAAGUGAAGGUGACGAUGAAGAAGAGGAGGAUGAAUUGGACUAUGUCGGCCCGCCAAAUACACUCCUAGCUGAAUUGGUGUUACGAAAACAUGAAUUGGCACAGCGGCGACGCACGGCACUACCUUUGCCCAGCGAUACUGGAAGAUAUGGUGCCACACUGUUGGAAUUGGAUGCAAGGGCCCAACGACAGAGCGAUAAAAGAAGAAAUCGGCCAGUCACACUCGCAUGGGAUCCUCGCGACGCCGGGGAUGACGAGGAAGUUCCUCUAGGAGUUUUAUACGCUGAUAGGAGCGCCGUUGAGGAGGAGAACCGUCCCCUAGGUCUCUUGGAAAAACGCGCACACGAAGAAAAUGAACCUUUGAGCUCGCGCCGGGCUAGGUUACGUGGUGAGCCAGCCGUGGCAAAGCGACCUGUUAGUGACUUCUAUGCCGUUACUGUGGCUGAACCUACUCGGCCAGAACCAGAGCCAGAGGAAAGUGAUCACGAAGGCGAGACAAUGGCCGAACGACUGAAGCGCCUGAAAGGCGAGAAUUCAUCCCAAAGUCACUUUGCGAGUGAAUUGAUCGCGGAGAUUGAUACCAGAGCCGGUGUGGAAAGUCGCGCAAGUUUGCAUACCAAGGAAGCCGAGCCCGAGCCAGUGAAUGAAGAAGAGACUCUCGCACAGCGGCGAAGUCGCCUCCAGAAAGAAAAUGCGGCUGCACCUAAGCCAAAACCUCGCGUGAGACAAAGCAUGAUCGCUCUCCCACAGGUACGACCAGCUCCUGUGGCUCGCAAAUCCUCACAUGAUGUGCUGCAACAAUUCGGCAGGCCCCAGUACGGUGGCCAUCGAAUGUCCAUGCAGCCGUACCCAGUGCAAUCAUCACAUGGCAGCUACCAUGCGCCAAUGGGACAGCCAAUGGCACAACCAUACAACUAUGGCAUGGCAUAUCCUGCCGCUCGUCCCUAUUCUCAAGUCAAUACAAUGCCUAUGAAUGGCAUGGCAUAUUCCAUGCAAAAUGCAUAUAGUCCGGCAAUGGCUCGCCAACCGGUCGAUCCAGCACAGCUAGACAUGGUUGACCGGUGGAGACAAAGCAUCCGUUAG